GAGGAACACAACUAGACUGCAUAAUGAACAAGCGGACAACAGAAGACCGCCAAAGUUUGGAAUGUGUCCACUUUUUUAUGAUGUACAAUAUGUGAUCUUCCUUUCUCCAUCUUAGGGAAGAUUACUUUUUUAAAUCAAUUGUAAAAUUUCAGAACUUGCAUUACUUCUUUUCUUGGUAAACACCUAUCUAGUUCAAACAAUGGCUCCAUCGACAAUUACAGUACCACUGAAGUUAGUAGCCCGAGAGAAAACUCUGCCUGAAAUGUUCGUGCGUGAUGAAGACGAGAGACCCAAGGUAGCUUACAAUGUGUUCAGCGAUGGUAUUCCGGUGAUAUCUCUUGCUGGAAUAGACGAAUCAGGCGAACGGAGAUCAGAGAGAUGUGAAAAGAUUGUGGAAGCUAGUGAAGAAUGGGGCUUGUUUCAGGUAAUUGAUCAUGGAAUAGACCUUGACCUGAUUUCCAACAUGGCUAAACUUGCCCGACAAUUCUUUGCUUUGCCGGACGAUGAAAAGCUCCGGUUUGAUAUGACCGGAGGUAAAAAGGGAGGUUUUAUAGUUUCUAGUCGCCUCCAGGGUGAAGCAGUUCGGAAUUGGCGGGAGAUGUUGACGUAUUUCUCAUACCCGAUCCGGGCUCGGGGCUAUUCCAGGUGGCCGGAUAAGCCCGAGGGAUGGAAAGCGGUGACAGAGUUUUACAGCGAGAAACUAAUGGCCCUGGCCCGGAAGUUGUUGGAGGUACUAUCUGAGGCUAUGUGCCUGGAGAAAGAUGCGCUUGCAAAGGCUUGUGUGGAUAUGGAUCAGAAGAUAGUGGUGAAUUUCUACCCAAAAUGCCCGCAGCCAGAACUUACACUUGGCCUGAAAAGACACACCGAUCCAGGCACCAUAACUUUGCUUCUCCAGGACCAGUAUCUGGGCAAUGGACGUUUCAAAAGCGCGGAUCACCGAGCUGUGGUUAAGUCCGACUACAGCAGGCUUUCAAUCGCCACGUUUCAGAAUCCGGCACCGGAAGCCAGUGUGUACCCUCUUAUCAAUAAUAUCAGUGAAGGGGACAAGAUGUACAGGGGGAAAAUGAGUAGAGAUCUUGAGAUUGCCAAACUGCAGAGAUUUGGUAAUAAGGAAAAGCUAGGGACAGAGUUAUUAAUUACUGAGGAGGAAAUAAAGUCCCUCGAGGCAAAAUCUGAUCCUGCAUUUAAACUUGCUAUACUACUGAAGGGACUAAAGAGACCUAUACGACUCAAUCUGUAUUAA